AUGGGUCGAGUAAUAUUCCAAAAGGGUGAAGCUGUGGAGGAGGCUAGAGAGAGAUUCAAAGUUCUUGAAGAGGGACUAAAGAAACACUUCCCCAAUAAAAUCAUCAGAGGGAAUGAUGAUGUAGGGCUUUUGGACAUCAUCAUCAUCGCUACUUUUGGAGUCCACAAAAUUUUUCAUGAAGCGACCGGUGUAGAGACCAUUGAUCCAGUGAACACACCGACUUUAUACAACUGGAUAGAGCGGCUUCAAGAGCUGACUGUGAUCAAAGAAGUCGAAAUGCCACGUGAUAGGUUGGUGACCUUUCUCAAGGAACGCAAUCAAGAAAUACAGUCAAGAGCAGCAGCAUCUCCCAGAGGAUAA